CAACACCUGGCCACACUGCUGGCUAUUCCUUUGUGCGUGCUGUACACUUUUCGGGCGUCUGCUGGAAAAAGUGAAAAACUACAAACUGUGCUCGACUUUCAAGUUGCUUGGGUUUUACACACAAACAGUACAAUAAUGGCGGAUCUCAACGACUCCAACGGAAACUACGACGAUGGUGACGAGAUCACCGAGCCAGAGCAGCUGCGCAAACUGUUUAUCGGGGGUUUGGACUACCGCACCACGGACGAUGGCCUUAAGGCCCACUUCGAGAAAUGGGGCAACAUCGUGGACGUGGUGGUGAUGAAGGACCCCAAGACGAAGCGCUCGCGCGGAUUUGGGUUCAUCACGUACUCUCAGUCAUACAUGAUCGACAAUGCCCAGAAUGCGCGCCCCCACAAGAUCGACGGACGCACCGUGGAGCCCAAGAGGGCUGUGCCGCGCCAGGAGAUCGAUGCCCCGAAUGCCGGGGCCACGGUGAAGAAGCUCUUUGUGGGCGGACUCCGGGACGAUCACGAUGAGGAGUGCCUGCGCGAGUACUUCAAGGACUUUGGUCAGAUUGUCGGCGUGAACAUCGUGUCCGACAAGGAUACGGGCAAGAAGCGCGGCUUCGCCUUCAUCGAGUUCGACGACUACGAUCCCGUAGACAAGAUCAUCCUCCAGAAGAACCACACCAUCAAGAACAAGAGCCUGGACGUGAAGAAGGCGAUUGCCAAGCAGGAUAUGGACCGCCAGGGCGGUGGUGGCGGCGGAGGAGGUGGUGCACCGGGCGGCGGACGUGGUGGUCCUAGGGUUGGCGGACGAGGUGGUCAGGGCGAUCGCGGCCAGGGCGGCGGCGGUGGCUGGGGAGGCCAGAACAGGCAGAACGGCGGUGGCAACUGGGGCGGAGCCGGCGGCGGUGGUUUCGGCAACAGCGGCGGCAACUUCGGAGGCGGCGGUCAGGGCGGCGCGGGCGGCUGGAACCAGCAGGGCGGUGGCGGAGCGGGCGGUCCAUGGAACAACCAGGGUGGCAACAGCGGCUGGAACAAUGGUGGCGCUGGAGGCGGCUACGGUGGCGGCAACAGCAACGGAAGCUGGGGCGGCAACGGCGGCGGCGGUGGCUUCGGCAACGACUACCAGCAGAGCUACGGCGGUGGUCCGCAACGCAACAACAACUUUGGCAACAACCGCCCGGCUCCGUACAGCCAAGGAGGCAGUGGAGGUGGCGGAGGAGGUUUCAACAAGGGUAACCAGGGUGGAGGGCAAGGCUUUGGUGGCAACAACUACAACACAGGAGGCGGCCAAGGAAACAUGGGCGGCGGCAAUAGACGUUACUAGACAAGGUAAACACACAUAGAGAGAGAGUGUUUGUUCAAGCUAGACGACAAACAGGCAGUCUAGGCAGGCAGAUGCAGAGGCACAAUCACAAGCAGAAUCACAAGCUAAGGCACAGGCAGGCAAUCAGUAGCAGGUGUGUGUCAGACCAGGCAGACAAGAUCAGGCCCAAGAAAUCCAGAUCCAGAACCAGAACCAUGCCGAGUGCAAGUGCAAGCAAUAAGUUUGGCCAAAACCCAAAACUACUUGCCAGAAAGCAACAAGCAAACAGUAACAAACAGCCAAAAGCGAAACGAAUCAACGCCUCUUGUCCCCAGUUUGAAUGCUGCUAUCUCUCUUUUGUAACCAUUAAUUCGCUGAUCAAUUCAUGUUUAGGAUGUUAAGAACCCUGAACGCUUAGUUUUAACUAUAUUAACAAAACAAACUAAAAGAAACGAAACGAAAAGAAAGAAAGAAAACAACAAACAAAACAUAAAUUAAACAAUAAUUUUAUUUUAUAAAAUUGACUACCAACAGAAACCGAUUGUGCGACGAGUUCUCUUUGAGAACCAGUUGCGUUGUAAGGGUGUUUGUAAGGUAGAGUACUUAAACUUUAUUAUUCAUGCCGGGAUGGAUAGCCCACAGCUACAGUAGAUGUAUUUGCAAUUGAAUUUAUUUUAUAGCGAUCCAGCGAAAUGUAAGAAAUCACAUAGAACCAUAUUUUGUAAUCACUUUUUUGUACAACUAAGAACUUUUACACAUACUAUAUGAUUUAUUCCUGAAAAGCGAUCGCCACGCUGUGUUGUCCUAGCAAGCGAAAUCCAUAUAUACGAAACAUACCACACUGUUAGCCCCUAAGAAGUAGAUGCUACGCUAAGCCAGAAAAAACCACUAAAAACAAACAACUUACAAAUGUUCUGUAAUUAGUUCGUUUCGAGAGGAACGAAAGCGACGAGAUCAAGCAAAAUAAAAUCCUACCCAAUGUUACCCACCCGAAA